GCACAUCCCUCUCACUCGAUCUCCGCCGUCAAUUUUGCCACCACCAUCCACAACCAGACCUCCCGAAAUCCCUCUCUCUAUCUCCAAACCCCGGCCCUUUUUCUCUCUCUACAUUCCAACAGAUGAAGUGAUGAACCAUGUUGUCUCCAUCUCCAGUCUCACUCCUUUGCGCCCUCCUCCUUUGCGUCCCCCUCGCAGUCCUCUUCGUAGCCAUCUCGCCGGCCACCACCCCCACAUCCGCUGCAGACGGCGGCGACCUCGUCCGAACCCCUGUAGCCAUUUCCCCGAACAGGAGCAGACCCAACCCACUAACCACAUUCAAACACACAACCAAAAACCAACAAGAGAUGGCUAACAACAUAACCACCAAUCAGCGGGCAGAAGACAGUAGUGACGAAUCACUGUUCCGCCGCGCAGCCCGAGUCAAUUUGAUGCCCUCGCCGCCGAGGAAACUCGCCUUCAUGUUCCUUACCACCGCGCCGCUCCCCUUCGCGCCGCUCUGGGAACUCUACUUCCACCAAGCCCCCAGAAACCUGUACAACAUAUACAUCCACGCCGACCCGAGAUUCCGGUACCACCCGCCGUUUUCUGGCGUGUUCGAAGGCCGAGUCAUACCCUCCAAGCCCACGAGCCGCCACUCCCCAACAUUAACCUCGGCGGCGCGUAGGCUGAUAUCCCACGCGCUCCUCCACGACAGGUCGAAUUCCAGGUUUGCGCUUCUUUCGCCGUCCUGCAUACCGCUCCAUUCGUUCGAGUUCACGUACGCAACUUUGGUCGGAUCGGGGAAGAGUUUCAUCGAGAUUCUGAGCAACGAGGUCGGAGCGUACGAGCGGUGGGCUGCGCGUGGUGAGGACGCGAUGCUGCCGGAGGUGCCGUUCGAGGAUUUCAGGAUUGGGUCCCAGUUCUUCGUGGUGACACGUAGGCACGCGAGGAUGAUUGUGAGGGACCGGCGGUUGUGGGCGAAGUUCAUGCUGCCGUGUCUGGUUAACGACGCGUGUUAUCCCGAGGAGCAUUACUUCGCAACGCUCCUGAGCAUGAAGGAUCCACGUGGAUGCGUGCCCGCUACGCUCACGCACGUGGACUGGGCUGGCCGAUAUGACGGACAUCCCAGAAUGUACAAUGCAUCGGAGGUGGGGCCAGACUUAAUCCUGGUCCUCCGAAGUCACAGGCCCAGGUACGGUGAUGAAGAGAUGAACGGGAAUGAUUCAUCUGUGACGGAACGGCGCGACCCCUUCUUGUUCGCUAGGAAGUUCUCGCCAGGCUCGGUGCCGCGGUUGCUGAGGAUGGCAAAUGACGUCAUAUUUCGAGAUUAGGAUUUGCGAUGUUGUAAAUAGUGGCGAAUUUUCUGGCUCAUUAUUUUACAGGUAAAAUUUGUCAAGAAAAGCGGGAUGGAAAGGAGCUAGCUAGGCCGUGCCGUGUUCAUCGGCUUUAGCCUUUAGGCAUUUUGCCUUCUGUCUUUUUCGUGAAAUUCAUUGUAUACGUUCUCAGUCGCGAGACUCUUUUGAGUUAACUGCCUCUGUAAUUGUAAUUCAAUUUUGAACAUGAAUUGAAGGAAGAGGGGGCUAACGCUUGUAGUUUGUA